CCGCUCUGCCGUGCCGCAUCACUCCGAUACACUUCUCACGUGGAACUGAACUCUGGCCUUGCCACCUCCAGAGUUGCUCGAGGCGAACAAGAGCGUCGUUCACGCGUCGCCAUGCCAUGGCUUCAUACUGCGACAUCGAUGCAAUCCUCACAGACUCGCAAAAGGCUCCCUGCACCUUCGAGCUCACAGUGCCGCAGCUGGCGCCUCUCAACAAUGCCUCUGCCAUCGAGAGCGGGUCAAAGCUAGAGUUGCCAGUCUGGUUGGCGCGAAUGCUCGCCGUGUCGAGGCCAGCAGGUCCAUCAGCAGAUGCCUUGGCAUCGCUGGAUAUGCCCGCUGCUCUCAACCAGCACGUCCUUCAUGCUCUCUCUGCAGAGCCCAAAUCGGUUGACAUCCGGGAGCGCGCAACCUACUUCUUCGGUCUGGCCGAGCGUAUGCUAGAGCUGUUCGAGGACGAGGAUCUGAUUGCGACAUUGCUUGAUACCUUCAAGAAGCGUGCACUCCAGAUCGCGGAUAAUGCACAGAAUUCUCGUGCCCCAACCAAAGACGAUCCCUUCAUGCGAGGCUUAGACGAGUCAGAGCGGCUAUUAUUUCGCUCUGUCAAUGAAGGCAGACUUGCCGUUAAGAAAUGGGAGAACGACACAAAGACCUGAGCGUGCAAAUGCAGUCAAGCACUAUCUGCCUAUGGAACCUUCACCUUCACGCCUGCACUCGGCCAUGCCUUUCGAGAGUGAUGACCAUCGCGCUUCGUGGCCUAGUCCAGAGUCGCAAAGACAAAGCGUGUCAUCAACGACAGACUUUGAACACAGUGACAAGCAUCCUGCUGGGACUGGAUUACAAUCGGAUGGCAAUGAAAGUAGUGUAGUGGCAUUGAAUGCGCUACACACGAUCUCAUACUUCCAACACUCAGGGAAUCAAAGGAUUAGCCGCAGCACAGUGCCUAGCCUGUGUAGCCUUAUAGCCAGCCGCUUCCGUAAUUGGAAAUGAUUUGCGACACGCACGAGACUGGAGUACUGUAUCUUACAUGUAAUUAACAAGUCGAGUAUCCGAAUCGCCGUAUACC